CUCUCAUCCCCCUGCUGAUGUCCCUUCUACCUUAGGCGAUGCAGGGAAUUUGUAGUUGACUUAGUUGGGGAACCAGGAAAUGUCCAUGGGCCAGAUUCCUCAAUCACUGGAGCUAUAAUUUCUUCGAUGCCUUCACCUUUUCAGAUUUCACAUCUAAAAGAAUUUCAGCAACCUUAUAUGGAUGAUGCGUUAUGUUAUCAAUUCCUAAACUCAAAGCAAACUUGUGCUUCUAUUGAAAAUCCUCUAUGUUCAGGUGCUGUUCCUCUCACCAAUCAAACUUACGCAAAAAAAAUCCACCCAGGCAUUCAGGAAGAUCAUGCAAUGGAUGAUAUUGGCAUGCUUGGAAAUUCAGAGGCGGCAGCGCACAGCCCAACUAGUCGAUGUGGAGGAGAUGAAUUUCCUGAAACUAUGGCUGUUUCUACUGCUGCUUCUGGGUUGGAUGACUGUUCUAGAUCGCGAGGGGACAAAAUUGUUAUUUGGCAGACUGACAGAAAAAAGGGGGUGGUGUCUGGUGGCCCAGGUAUAAGCACUGGUGUCAGACGUCGUCAUGUAGCAGCCUAUGGUAAAGUGGAUCCUAUGGAGGUUGACAGUAGAAAUGGGCAUCGAGUGAAAUUUCCUACUCGAACCAUUCCAAGAUACUUGAAUCUUGAGCCUUCUCUUGCAAUGGACUGGCUUGAGAUCUCGUGGGAUGAAUUGCAUGUCAAGGAGCGUGUCGGUGCUGGAUCUUUUGGAACAGUGCAUCGGGCUGAGUGGCAUGGAUCGGAUGUUGCAGUCAAGGUUUUAAGCAUGCAGGAUUUUCAAGAUGAUCAGUUGAAGGAGUUCCUGAGAGAGGUUGCAAUAAUGAAACGAGUCCGACAUCCAAAUGUAGUUCUUUUCAUGGGCGCUGUUACAAAGCGUCCGCAUUUGUCAAUAGUGACUGAAUAUUUACCGAGGGGUAGUCUAUUCCGCCUUAUACACAAGCCAGCUUCUGGGGAAAUUCUGGAUCAGAGAAGAAGGUUACGCAUGGCUCUGGAUGUGGCUAAGGGAAUCAAUUAUCUGCAUUGCCUGAGCCCACCUGUAGUCCACUGGGAUCUUAAAUCUCCAAAUUUGUUGGUUGACAAAAAUUGGAAUGUAAAGGUAUGCGAUUUUGGCUUGUCGAGAUUCAAAGCAAACACAUUCAUAUCAUCAAAAUCUGUCGCCGGAACCCCCGAGUGGAUGGCUCCCGAAUUCCUUCGUGGAGAGCCCUCAAACGAGAAGUCGGAUGUUUACAGUUAUGGCGUAGUUUUAUGGGAGCUUGUGACGUUGCAACAGCCUUGGAGUGGACUUGGCCCCGCCCAGGUGGUUGGAGCCGUUGCUUUCCAAAACAGAAGGCUUGCUAUUCCGCAGAGUACCUCCCCAAUAUUGGCUUCUCUAAUGGAAUCUUGCUGGGCCGAUAAGCCUGAUCAGCGGCCGUCUUUUGCUAGCAUCGUCCAGACCUUAAAGAAGUUAAUGAAGUCUCCACUGCGGUUGAUACAGAUGGGAGAGUCAUAAGGAGUUUGGAGGUGUAAUAAACUUUUAAUUAUACAGAAUUCACAUCGGGGAGUAAUUCUCCGUAAACUCGUCUUUCUGUAAUAUUCGUAAGACCGGAAAUUUAUGUUGUUUGAAACUGCUGUGCUAGUUAUAUAGAUUCUUGAAGAGAGUAAGUAAUGAAAUACUUCAGUGUUUCCAACAAUGUAAUAAUUUCGAAAGAUACUUCUCACUUCAAAUGGAAGGGUAGUUG